AGCAUUUACAUAAUGAGAAGAGAACGCUGGACUGAUGUAGUGCAAAUAUUUGCUGAUCAGAAAGCCGCUGUGAACAUAUAAUAUCACCAGAUUGAAUUUAUCACGGACAGAGUCAAGUCCAUUUAGCUGAGCAUUUCCAAGCAAAAAGAAACUCAAGAAGUAGAAUGGAGUGUCCAGUGUUGUUUUACUUCCUCCUGGCCACGAUAUCCUUUGAAACAACUACUGCAAUUAGCCAAAAUAUAUAUGCCUCUGAGAACCCCUUGCCAGUGGGCAGCAAUGUAACACUUUUCAGCCGGAUCAAUGUUACUACAGGAGCAUGGAUGUUCAACAGCAAUAUCAUUGUGAUGAUAUUCCCAGGAGAUAGAAUCAUAGAUGACACUUGGAGGGAGAGGGUUAUAUUCAAUUCAACCACUUCAUCAUUGACUAUAAGGUCACUACAAGUGGAAGACUCUGGAUUGUACACUUUACAGGCAUUGAAUUUCUUUCGUUCUGAGUUAACACUGUCAGUCCAAGUGCCUAUUUCAAAUGUAACUCUGAGGGCAAACGCAACCAACCUGGUGGAGUUCAAUGAUACAGCAGUUCUCAUGUGCACUGUGGCCAACGGGUCUUCCCUGUCUUAUGUUUGGCUGAAGGGCAACACUGUGGUCACAGCCAGUGGGGGAGUACAGUUCAGUGAUGGAGGCGCCACUCUCAUUAUUGUAAGAGUGACUCGCUAUGACGAGGGGCCUUUCAGGUGCAAUGUAUCCAAUGGAAUCAGCCAAGAAAUCAGUCUCCCUGUACAUCUGAACAUCAGCUAUGGCCCGAGUAACACAACAAUGAUGAUCAUGCCCAUGAAGUACAUCUACAAAACAGGAUCUAAUAUCCUACUGUCAUGCUCAGCGGAGUCCAGCCCUGCGGCGAUCAUCCGGUGGAUGGUUAAUGGGGUGUACCUAAAUGAUUUUUCCCCACAGCUUCAACUAGAAAUGGUUACAGAGAGCCACUCAGGAAAUUACCAAUGCUUAUUUUACAACACAGCCACGUCCAGGUUUACCAGUGCAAGUGCAAUGAUCAGGAUUUUGGCACCAAUAGCAGCAGUUGUGGUAAAUCAUACAGGUGGACGAGCACUACUUAAUGAGCCGUUCACUAUGUAUUGUGAAGUGAAUGGAUCUGUUGACAAUAUUCAGUGGUGGAAGAACGGUCAACUUAUUUCCGCUGACAACACAACAGUAUUUGACACGGGCAACACAACACUGACUCUCAACCCAGUCCAACAUUCAGAUAAUGGAAAUUAUCAGUGUCAAGCUUUUAAUUAUGUGAGCAACAUGACCAGCAGCCCCUACACAGUUAAAGUAAACUAUGGCCCAAUGAAACCAGUAAUCAUAGGGCCAUCCAUGGCUCUGGCAGGAACAUGGGUGAUCCUCAACUGCUCAAGCGCCUCUUAUCCUCCAAGCCUCAUCAGCUGGUACUUCAACAAUUCCCUUGUGGCUACCACCUCAAAGUUAGAGAUUGGACCUCUGACCUUAAAUAUGAGCGGGAAGUAUGCCUGCAUGGCAUUCAACAAAAUCACCGGCAAAAACAGCACUGCCUCUGUGAUGCUGACUGUAUUAGCUCCAGUGACCAUGGUAUCAAUAAAAAUGAUCGGACCUCUGCCAAUCCAGAACCACACUUUCACUCUAAUCUGUGAGACAGCUGGAAGUGUCGAGUCAAUUAUCUGGAUGUAUAAUUGGUCCCAACUGUAUCCUGACAACACAAGAAAUUUCACAAUGAACAACACCAUCCUUACCUUUGAUCCUGUCAUGGCCUCUGACAAUGGGAACUAUCAAUGUGUAGCGUCCAACCCACUCAACAGCUCAACCAGUGAAAUCUUCACACUGGAGGUUAUUUAUGGACCAGAGAAGCCAACUAUCAUGGGACCAAACAUGGCAUUGACAGGAGACAACGUCACACUCAACUGCUACGCUUCAUCAAACCCUAUCAGCAUCUACAAAUGGUUCUUCAAUGAUUCUAUAGUGGCCAAUACGUCUGAGUAUGUCACACCUCCCCUUACCAGAGAUAUGAGUGGGAUGUACACCUGCAUGGCCUACAACAACAUCACUGGCAAAAACAGCACUGCGUACACGAUGCUCACUGUUUUAGCUCCAGUGACCAUGGCAUCAAUAGAAAUUGUCGGACCUCUGCCAAUCCAGAACCACACUUUCACUCUAAUCUGUGAGACAACUGGAAGUGUUGAGUCAAUUAUCUGGAUGUAUUAUUGGUCCCCACUGUAUCCUGACAACACAAGAAAUUUCUCAAUGGACAACACCAUCCUUACCUUUGAUCCUGUCAUGGCCUCUGACAAUGGGAACUAUCGAUGUGUAGCAUCCAACCCACUCAGCAGCUCAACCAGUGAAAUCUUUACACUGCAGGUUUUUUAUGGACCAGAGAAGCCAACUAUCAUGGGACCAAACAUGGCAAUGACAGGAGACAACGUCACACUGAGCUGCUACGCUUCAUCAAACCCUGUCAGCAUCUACAAAUGGUUCUUCAAUGAUUCUAUAGUGGCCAAUACGUCUGAGUAUGUCACACUUCCCCUUACCAGAGAUUUGAGUGGGAUGUACACCUGCAUGGCCUACAACAACAUCACUGGCAAAAACAGCACAGCGUACACGAUGCUGACUGUUAUUGAUCCAAUAAUGGUACAUGUGGAGGCACCAAUGAAUCCUCCCAUAGAAGGUCAUUUUUAUAAUUUAACAUGCAAUGUGACUGGACCUACUGAGCAUAUUUACUGGUUGAAAAAUUAUGAGCCACUGCAUGAAAACGACAGAACUGUCUUCUACAUGAACAACAAGACAGUCACCUUCAAUCCACUAGAACAAACUGAUACUGGAAACUACCAGUGUAUGUCAAUUAAUACUGUUUGGAGCAUCACCAGCCCUCCUUUCAAACUUCUUGUGAACUUUGGACCAGAAACACCCAUCAUUGAUGGGCCAGCUUUUGCUGAGACAGGACAUACUGCAAAGUUCAGCUGUUCUGCUAAGUCAGUGCCUCCCAGCCAGUACCACUGGUUCUUCAAUGACUCCACAGUGGCCAAUACUUCAGUGUUUACAACUGGCCUUUUGUCUUUCAAUAUGAGUGGGGAAUACACCUGUAUGGCCUCCAAUUAUGUGACAGAAAAUGUCAGCAUAAGCGUCAAGAUGCUCACAGUCAUUGAGGCUAUAGAGUCAGUGAUGAUCAGAAAUAACACAGUUCCAAUAAACUCUGAAAACUUCACUCUCACCUGUGAAGUCAAUGGGCCCUAUGAUAAGAUCUACUGGAUGAAGGACAACAUGUACCUCAACACUUCCACAGCUAAAGCAAACAUGUCCUACGAAAUUGAAAACAACACGCUGCACUUCACUCCAGUGACAAUGUACAAUGAUGGGAUAUAUCAGUGUGUCGCUACCAAUCAGGCUGGUCCACAUGCAAGCCCCCAAUAUGUGCUCCUGGUGAACUAUGGCCCUCUGAGUGUACAUAUCCUGGGUCCAGAUUCAGCAAAGGUUGGCUCUUCUGUGUCCCUGACAUGCUCUGCUGCCUCUCAGCCAGAUUGUGACUUCGACUGGUUCUUAAACAGUCAGCCAUCAGCUAUAAAGACUGGCUCUGUUAUCACUUUCCCUGCAACAAAAGAAAAUGAGGGCAACUAUACAUGUAAAGCGAAGAACCCUGUGACCAAUAUCACAAUGUACGAGAUAAAAGCCUUUACUGUCGAUCAUGCCUCAACCUUCCACAUCCCAUCCAACAUGAUGUUGAUGGUUCUGGUUGCUUUGUCUGUCACUGCGCUGUUCAACUGAGUUCCUCCUGCUGUCUAGUCUGACUGAAAGGCCUCUUGCUCCCUCUACAGGCAAAGGUUUUGUGGGUUUUGCUGGAAAGGCAAGGAAUAAUGUAAAAGUGUGACAGACAUAGUCAAGUUAUAGUUUGUUGUUUUAUAUUUCCUUGUAAUUGACUUAUAUUCAUUAAAAUACAAUAUAGAAUAGUGAAAUUUACGCUGACAGUGAAAGGGCAAUUAUUAUUAUUAUUUGAUUGCAUUUUUUAUUUUAAAUGUUAUCAUUAUUUGCAAGUAAAAGUAGCUGUGUUGGUGUUAUUGUGGUGGUGGUUGUUGUUUUUGCGAUUAAUAAAAAUACUUACACACUUGCAAACACAUACACUUGCACUGUUUAACAAGGGGAAACAAUUUAAAUCAUAAUUCUUUGAAAUACCUCCAUAUUCUUUUGGUAUAAAUUGCCAUUCUUAAUUCUAAGUACCUGCGUUUUUUUCUUUUCUGUGUGAUAACAUUGUAAGUACAAUAAAGUAAAUGUAAGUCUUGUUUUGAUUUAUUGUAUUGUUGUUUAUUAAUCAGUAAACAAUAAACACAAUCGAGUUUGUGGUUACUUUA